UGAGUGAGCGGGCGCGUGAUUUCAGUAUGUGAGUUGACAACAAGUGGUCUUCCGCCCAGAACUGUUUCACGGCAUCGAGGAGUGGCUCACUUUUUGGGGAACAGCGUCUCCGCAGCGACUCACUCAAACUGGCGUUUGCCCUGAGAGAAGUAUCCAGCUGUUCCUCCUCCGCGGUCAUUUUUUGUCCUACUUUUCGUCGUGCGUAAUUAGUUGAUUCUCAUCACCCGGUUGAUUCUGCGCGGAAACCUGGCCGUGAGUCGCCAGGUGGACGGCGACAAGAAGGCUACUGCGCGACAAGUCUCAACUUCUCAGUAAGUCGUGUCAACUUUGCUACAACUGCCCCAACAUGUACAGCAUGAUGGAACACGAGCUGAAGCCCACCGGCCAGCCCCCGUCCCACCAGACCUCCCAGGGAAUGUCACCCGUCACCGGCAACAUGACCGGGGGCAUGGGCGGCAAUGGCAACUCUCACCCGGGCUCUAAAACCGCGUGCGCCCCCGGAGUCGACCCCAUGGAUAAAGUCAAGCGCCCCAUGAACGCCUUCAUGGUGUGGUCCAGGGGACAGAGGCGCAAGAUGGCUCAAGAGAACCCCAAAAUGCACAACUCCGAGAUCAGCAAGCGGCUCGGAGCCGAGUGGAAGCUGCUGACCGACGCCGAGAAGCGGCCUUUCAUCGACGAGGCCAAGCGGCUGCGGGCGGUCCACAUGAAGGAGUACCCCGACUACAAGUACAAGCCGCGCCGCAAGACCAAGCCCAUGCUCAAGAAGGACAACCAGGUGGGCAAGUACCCGCUGUCGGCAGGUAGCCUGCUGGCGGCCGCGCAGGGCCAAGGUGGCAGCCCGAGGAUGGACAGCUACGGCUGGGGCCCAACCGGAGGGUACGCCGGCAUGCAGGGCGAGGCGCUCGGCUACACGCAGCAGCUGCACCGGUACGACCUGUCGGCGCUCCAGUACCCGCCCGCCAUGUCCGCGGCGCAGACCUACAUGAACGGAGGAAACUCGUACAGCCCCAUGUCGUACAGCAGCAGCCCCCAGCAGCCGAGCCCUGUCACCAUGUCCAUGGUGAAAGCGGAACCGGGGCCCCACUCUCCCCCGACGGGGACGCCCAACCACCACCGAGGCCCUUUGCAGGGUGACCUCAGGGACAUGAUCAGCAUGUACAUCCCCGGACCAGGGGGGGACGCCGGAGACCCCACGGCUGCACAGAGGGGCUACACCAGCGUCCAGCAGCACUACCUCUCUGGAACCGUCCCACUCACACACAUCUAGGACUUGAAGCGGGAGUCAGAGUUGGCUGGGGGGGGCGAACCGAGUGGGAGGACCAGAAAUGCUUACGGUGCACAGCUGGCUGUACAGGAGAUGAGAGACUUUAGACGGGCAAAGAUAUGUGAAGGAAGAAAAGUUCCCGAGCACAGAGAAGUGACUCCAUUUUUAUUCAUUGAAAAGCUGUUUUUCUACCUCUUUGGUGCCCCACUAGUGAAAAUACACAACACACACAUGGCACAUGUACAGAGUGGAGACUCCUCGUUGCCCCCGCAGCCUCAAGCAGACUUCUCUUCACGAAGGACUGCAGUUAAGACUGAGCCCAAGUCUGUUUAUUGUGUACAUAUAAGCAAAUGUUCUGUCUUCUUCUGUCUUGUCUUUAUUUUCUAAACUUGUCCAUAAUAAGUAAAGACUGCUUUUUAAACACCACUUUAAAAAACUUGUGACAGUGGCACUCAUGACGGCUCCACCGUACCAGUCAGUAGCAGGGGCCCAAGCUGGGUAACUGUUUUUUGUCUUCCAUGGAGCCGGUGGCUUCUUCAGAGACUAAAGAGCCCGGUCGGUAGAUCCCGACCGCGCAGCUGGUGACGGACAAAUCACCCGCGCUGAAUUGUCCCGGUUCUUGUUUGUUGUCGCUGUCCUGAUGCGUGAGCGGAGCAGCCGGUGAGGAUAAAGGGAAGGAAAUGCACAACUUGAAUGAAAGGGCUUCUUUUUUUGGGAGGGGCAUAAAAUGAACUCUUUAUACCACGGCUUCAGUUUAGUACUUGUAUUUUCCUGAUUUUUAUUUUGAACAAUCUUGUUGGAUGACACGGAAACCACCUGUUGGGACAAUCAGCACUGCAUCCACGGGGAAUAAAGGGAGCUCACAGGCCUCUGCGUUGCUUUAGAACGUAGAACUGGGCCGGUUCUAAACAUUUCAGUCCGGUCUAGUGUCUCCAGUCCCUCCGUGUCGCAGGAUUUAGUGUCAGAGAUUCGACAGUUUUCUUUGCUGCCUUUUAUUUGUUUAUAGUUUAGAUUUGAUCUUUUUGAUGUUAUUCUGGCAGCAUCCGAAGUCCCUCCGUGUAUUCAUUGUCACUUUGCUCUAGGCAAGAGUUGUAUUGUUUUUAUAGGCUUUUCAGUAAGUGAAUGAAAUUUAACAUGAAAUGCUACAUUUCAGUGGUUUUAUUCCAAAAUAGCAGUUUAAGAUUCACGAGUUCAGUCUUCCACAGAGUAAAUUGGAUUGACAAAGGCCUACCAGGCAAGUGUAGUUUUUAAUGACCUGUCAAUUGUGUUUUAACUACCAUUAAAGAGAAUGUAUCCGUGACUUUCAAUUAAUCUCCAUCAUACAUUUUUCAGCUCCUUACCUCUGGGUAAUUCAAUAGAAAUGACUGCUUUUCUCAGGCAGUCCUGUUGUGUCUAUUUUCCCGUCUAGCCUGCUGUCUUACUAGUGCUGCUUUGGACCUAAAGGGAACUUUUGCUUUCAGCCUACAGAGAAACACUGUGAAUAUUGAAUGUUGUAGAUUAUUGCGACUUUAACUUUGCAGCAUUCCAUUACUAACUCGACAUGCACUGGUAACAGAUGCCUUACUUAUCUUUUUGAAAAAGGAGCGCGGUUUUAUUAAAGUAAUGCUUGAAUGUUUACAUUGUUACCAGAGUGUUUUUAACUUUUUUACUGACUUGUAUCUCUAUUUUGUAGAAUGAUUUCUCUUGUAUGUAAAUGCUGCCAUAUACUAGAGUUACUUUAUGUAGCAUUAAUGUAAAUAAUGUAAACAUUUUUAGGCUCUUAUACUAAGAGUCUUGAUUUUUUUUUUU